AUGUCAUCAGAAGCCAUCCCAAUUUCCCUCACCCAAUUCGCCACCGCCCUUAAAGAUCUCCCGAUCUCCACGCUUCACCUCAAAGCCAUGGAACUCCGCAAUAGCAUCGCGCACCUCGACUAUUCAAACGAGCAGCUCCGACCCUUUGCAGACGGUACAGAAGAAUCUACGAACGGCGUCCCAGAUCCGGAUUGUGUUGAUGCAAUCAAAGAGAACGAGAUCGUGAUUAAGAGGCAGAUGGAGAGGAUAGAGUUAUUGAAGAGGGAGGUUGAGAGUAGAGGCGCAAGCUGGACGGAGUUUCAGAGUAAGGAGGAGUUGGAGCUGGAGGGUUCUGAAGCUGGUGGGGGCUUUCUUAAUGGAACGGCGGCGGAAGCAGAGGGACAGGUCGCAGUAGCUGCGACAGGAGGUGAAAGGAGCUCGGCGUGGAAUGAUGGGACGUUCCAGACGGGACGGAUUGUUGACGGGGAGGUUAGGAUGGAUAGACCUUUACAGACGCAGACUAAUAGUGGGGUUGCGAGUACUAGUAGCCCGGGUACUGGGGGAGGUAGAUUGGAUGAUGACACUCUAAGGAGGGCUAUGGAAGAGAGGAUGAGAGCUAUGACAGAGGGAGAUGAUGAUGAUCAGGGAAUGCAUCUAUGA